AUGACGUUAAUCCCUAAACCCGCAUCUCUUGAUGAUCGCUUAAAAGAUGUGACUCAUGUGAAAGACUUAGUGCUUCAGAUAUUAAAUUCGAUCCAGGAUAAUGCUAAACUAUGUGAGUCCAAGUUGCUCGACAUCCUAGUUUAUUCAAAUUGUCAUAGUAUAGCAUCAGGUUUGCUCCGACAUAGGGUUGGUUCGCCAAUACCGGAUAAAGAGGGUAGCAUAUUGACCACCCUAGAAUCUCAAAGACAUUCACAGAUACAAAAUGCCCUUCAACGUUCUAUCGAUAGGUUGGAACGCUUGGGCAUUGCAAUACGACGGCCAUCUACAACUGGGCUUCAGCAAGGUGUAUCGUUUGAGGAGCUAUCAUCACAGAUGGUCAAGUCUAUGUAUCCUGAUGCAGAUGAUGAGCUAGUAUCUUAUCUAGGGCGCUCAAUGCUCCGACGCCAUACGAAACUGAGGCACAAACGCGAACACCAGAACGAACCAGCACAUCCCAUGAGCAAAGGCGUUACAACCUACCCUAAGCCACCCGCAAAGGAAGCCGCUCCGGGGUUUAAAAGGUGCAAUUGGUGUCUUGCAAAUUAUAGCACAGCCCAAUUUGAAGAUGGCAGGUGGUGGAGGCGUCAUGUAGAUAACGACUUACUUCCUUAUCUGUGCCUUUCCGAGGAAUGUGCAGAGACGAUGCGCCAAUUUGGGGACUUCGAACAAUGGAGAACGCAUAUGGAAGAAAGCCAUACAGCACAGUGGGCCGAGAAAGUUUACGCCCGAGCAUGGGUUUGCGAUAUCAACCAUGGGACACCCCUUCAUUUCAAGAGUCACAGGCUGAUCAAGAGCCACAUGCUUGAAUCUCACCGAGACAAACUUAACGGCGUACAAAUCAGAGUGCUUGCGGAGCAAAGUGCUAAGCAAAAACCGCGACAAGCAGGGAUAUGCCCCUUGUGUUGUUCCAUGAUCGUUAGUGAUAGUCGGGAUACCACUAAGACUCGGGGGAAUAAACCUACGCUUUCAGAUAUGCAGGAGCAGGACGCUACAUCACCACGGUCUGCGGGGGAGAAGAAGCUUGAGCCCAAGCAUCCAUCGCAAGAAUCGCUACCUGCAGCCUCGUCACCCGUAGAUGACGAGUCGGGGGAACUUACUGUGGCGUUAUCCAAACGAACCCUAGAUAGGGCAAUGAGGGCUCGUUAUAUUGCAACGGUACACAAACACAGUAUGCAUGGGUUAAAGGAUUUCACUGUAGCAUCACCUGAACGAACCUCAAGCACGUUAAGAAGUUCUAUUAAGAAAUCACCCGAACGAAAACUAGACGAGCUAGAGAGAUUUAUUUUGGCAACGCCUGAACAAACCCCCGGCAAAUUAGGGGAUUCUACUACAUCAUCACCUGAACGAAACCAAGACAAGCUAAAGGAAUCUACUAUGGUAUUACCCCAACAAGCCCCGAAUAAAUUAAAGGACUCUACUGCAGCGUCGCCUGAACGAACUCCAUGCGGACUGAAAAUCGCUCGCCAUGUGGCCAAGCACCUCCUUGAACUUUCAUUUCUUUCCCUAAGCCUGUACAAGCAGGAAAAUACCCGUUUAAAGGAGGGCCAUAAUUUUAGGCAGCAGAGUGCUCCAUCUGCGGAAAUCAACUCAGAGAAUGGCUCUGGAGUCAAUGAAACCGGCUAUAGCAAGGGACACUCACCGAGUAUACUCGCUUAUAUUGAUGGUGUAAACGCCGGACAAGCUCCUAUAAGCACGCUUCGCCAGCAGUCCCAAAACAUCGCGUCGAGCUUAGCUGCCCGAGGCGAAAAGGUACUUCGUGAGGUUCACGAUGCAUCGGUUAAGCUUAGUACGGUUAAGGAAAUUGAGGAAGAUCCAGUAAUCGUCACACAAAGCAGAGGCGGCAUAAUACGGGAGCUCGGCCGGCAUCAAGAAACAUAAGCUCAACCUCAUCAUGUUGAAGUAAAAUAGAAAAUCUAAUUUAAGGACAGGACACUAAUCAUGGGCGUUAACUACGAGCACGAAAGCUGGUAUCUCUUGCUCUAAUCAACUAAACUACCUAGGUAAUAUUCCAAUUCAUUCAUGCCAGGAUUCCCGUU